AACACCUGCACGCGAAUCAGGGUUAAAAGUCCGGUCACCUUAAUUUCAUCCCGAAAACGAACGUCUCUUCCCUUCACCGUGCGCCUGACGCGCAGUGGAAGUGGCCCCGGAACAGGGGGGGCCCGGUGGGAUGGCACGGCGAAUGUGGAGUAGAAUCGCGGCAUUACGUGCCACCGAGUAACGGAGCGCGGACGCGGAAUAGAGCGUAUCGCGUGUCGCCUCCGUGUUUCACGUCCACGAGGUACCCGAGACUAUCGAGGCACCGAAACGGCGAAGAAAAGCGGCAGUCGCGUGUCGACCAGCGGACAGGUCGGUGCAGAUCGACCGAGAGAGCGGAUGCCUCCCAGGCCCUCUGCGUAUCUUCUCACGAGCGCGGCGAGUCACGUUUGCCGCGAGGACCGAUGACUGAAAAGAUCCGCGGAGACGGUCGCCGCACGCGCGUUUCGACACCCGGAACCCGUAUGAACUUCCGACCCGGCGCCGCCGUCGAUUCCAACGAAAUUGCAUCGGUCACGAUGUCGUAAAGUCGCCUCAACUUGCGGGAGGCGCGCGUACAAUUGCUGAAGAAGACCGAUCGGCGAGCCGAUCGAGGAUGUUGACCUGGUAGCGGAUGUUGAUCGACGGGAAAAUCGUUCGCUCGCGGAAAUCUAACGGCUGACGUUUGCAGCUGUCGGCGAACGUUUAACGUUCGCUCGAUUAAUAUUUUUUCGGUCAUCGUUGUCGUCGUCAUUCAGCAGUGAUUCAGUGAAUGGACUUUAUGAGUGACCGUUGCCGAACCUCGGCAGCAUCCGCCGGACACGAGUGCCCGGUGACGAUAGAUUGUCCUCCAAUGGAACGCACGUGACCACCGCAAGCUCGUGGGAUAUCGUCCGAUCGCCACCGCAAGAAGAGGAUCCCGUGAGGAAGAGACCAGAUUUCGAAAGGAGCGACAGGAUGCCGAAGGAGAACAUGUGGCGGCAGAGGAGAGUGCCCGUUCCCAAGAGGACAAUCGAGCUGAUCGCUUUAGUAGCGAUAUCCAGUACACUUUUUCUCUUUCUACACACGAGAGAUCUACAUUCGCGUCUGAAAAAAAUGGAAGUACGUCUUCAACCGGGGGAAGAUGAUGUGCUCUCGGCGAAUCAACUCUCAUCAGAUGGUAUCCAGACAGAUUCUGAUUCAAACGGUAUCAUCCAUUACCCAAAUGUGCAACGUGUCCUCGUGGGAAAGUACGAGGAUCGAGAAGCGCUCGACAUUGACGCUCUCAACAACACGAAGAAGGCCGGCCGAGAGGUCUUGUUCUUCAAUCGCGUGCCGAAAGUCGGUUCACAGACCUUUAUGGAGCUGUUGAGGAGGCUAUCGAUAAGGAAUGCAUUUUCGUUCAACAGGGACCGUGUCCAGCGAGUUGAAACUAUACGUCUCGCGCCGAUCGAGCAGCUACAUCUCGCCAGGAUGGUCAGCAGUUAUUCGGAACCGUCUGUUUACGUGAAGCACGUCUGCUUUACUAACUUCACAGAAUUCCACCUACCGGAGCCGAUUUAUAUCAACAUAGUACGCGAUCCCGUGGAAAGGGUCAUAUCCUGGUAUUAUUAUGUAAGAGCCCCGUGGUACUAUGUGGAGAGGAAGCAGAUCUUUCCGGAUCUACCGUUGCCUGAUCCCAAUUGGCUCAAGAAGGACUUUGAGUCGUGCGUAUUAAAAGGCGAUCGAGAGUGCAGAUAUUUGGAGGGUGAGAUUCACGAGGGUAUCGGCGAUCAUCGCAGACAAACUCUCUUCUUCUGUGGACACAGCGAGAAAUGCACUCCUUUUAAUACCGUUGGUGCCCUGGAGCGAGCCAAGUUGGCGGUGGAAAAGCACUACGCGGUAGUUGGCGUCUUAGAAGACAUAAAUACAACUCUCACGGUACUGGAAAACUACAUACCACGAUUUUUCCAGGGAGCUACUGACGUUUACUAUGAUCAAGCAAAUUCCUUUAUGAAGAUCAAUCGAAACUUUUUUAAACCGCCAGUCAGCGAGGAAGUGAAGAACUUGGUGCGCAGCAACUUUACCCGCGAGGUCGAAUUCUACCAAUUCUGCAAACAGCGACUUUAUAGACAAUACAGAGCUCUCAAAUUGCGAUCAAAUGUUCCGUAGUUCGCAAUUGCAAACGCUCUCUGAAAAGGACAAUUUCUAUCUGUUAUCAUGCGAAAGCAAUUAUUAAGAUGCGUAACAGACAUUACGAAGAAGGAUACAUUUCAAUGCCAAUCAACUGCGUUGAUUAGUAUUAGUGAUUUGAUAACGAUUUAUGACAGAAUGAUAACUGCUUUUGAAUAAUAGUGAUUUACGAAAAUCAUUAAAUACUAAAUUGCAGAUGGUGCAAAAAAAUUAAUUAUUUUAUACAAGAAUUAAUAAUAAUUUUUUAACUAAUGACUCAGAUUAAUAUGACAGACUGUGUUCUAUUUAUACAGUCAUCAUAACAUUAUUGAAAUCGAAAUUUUAAUAACGGCUACUUUGAAUAACGACUACCGAAAUUAAAAAAUAGUGACGUUUUAUCGAAGAUUCGAUUACAAUAACUAUCCUAUACGAAUUAAAAACAAAGAAAAUAUGUAAUUGCAUGUUUCUUUCGCAAUUAAGGCAAUGAUCCUAUCCUACUUAUAUGUACACAGAGUACCUUCAGGAAAAGUUGAAGGAAAUCUGAAGAAACAGAAUUUCAUGACAUCGAAUUUUUAACUAUGAUUCCAUGACAGCAAAGACAAAAAGAGAAUAAUUAAUUCUUCGCAUGACCACUGUGAUGAUCUAGUUCCAUGCAUUUAAGAAAAUUUUGAUGUAAUUAAUGUAAUAUGAAGAGAAUCUUACGAUGUUAUCAAAUUUUUUAGUACAACGAUUAUCUCAUGACAUAAAAGAUCAAGAAGAAGAUAAUUUGAAAGUCAUGUGAUGAUCCAAGUUUGACGUAUUUAGAAGAAUCUUGAUAGACUUAUGAUACGAUGAGUCUAAUAACAGAAUUUAAUAGAAAUGUAAUUAAAAAAUAACUAUUAAAGAAAGAGAAAAUAAUUUGCGUGCAUUUAGCAAAAUGUUUGUGGAGUUGCAAGUUCUGGUAAAAAAUAAUCUACCGUUUUACACGAAGCUUGCUAUGACGUGGAUGUAUAGCGCAAUCCAGAAAUAGGGACACUCUCAAUAAAUGCCGAAUGAUCACUUGCGAUCAGACGUCAUGUUGCUAUUUUUUUAUCAGACGUCCACACGAGUUACAUAUGCAAGUUGCAGGCACAUUUAUCACUGUAGGAAUGUUAAUCAAUAGCGUUUACGAUGAUUUUUUUCGCCGGCGACGUAUGAACGACGUAUGAACGCAAAGACUGAGAAAACCAUGAUAUUUUUUUAUCGCGAAGUGUUUAUGAUCACAGAGAGAAAUGUACAGGGUAACGAUUAUAGAAUAUAUAUCGCUUUGUAAGAGAAAAAUACGUUUGUACUUUCAUCGACUCACGAUUAUUUGGAAUAAAACGCUGCCAUUUGAAAAGAAACAAUCACUUUUUUUCUCCUGUUAUUAAAUUAUCUCACCUGUUUAAUUAUUCGUUAACGUUAUUAAAAUGUCGCACCUAGUUGACGAUUAAUAUCUACGACAAAAUCUGAUCUUUUUAAUAUUGAAGAAUGUUUAGAUAUUUAAAUACUAUAAAUGUUAACUCGAUCUCUCGUGUUGAAAGUCUGUAUGCAGCAUUUAUCGUUUAAAUGAAGAGUAUGUGCCAAGUCACACCUUCACAUCCGGCGACACAACCAGAAGUUCAAAACUAUACUUAGCGUUACUUUUAUUUUGAGAAUCUAAAA